GUUUGAGAGAAAAAAGUGCAUGAGGUUUGGUUAAACAAACUUGAGCCCGUGAGUGUGAAGGAGGUAGGCUUAGCUCAAAGUCAAAUAAUUGAAAUAUCGUGGUACUAGUACCAUGGUUGAACCAGUGACCUUGGGCUCACCUCCAAAUAACCCAUCUCCAGGGCAGUCGAAGUCAGUAUUUACCUGCAUAUUUGAUUGGUGAUCAGUGUGGAAAUAUUAGCCAAGGUGGAUGAAGAACAACUGUUACAAAAAGCCAUUACAGAUGUUUGUCAAAAGAUUGUUUAUAUCUACCCCCUUUCUCUAAGACUACUCCUAGACUAUGGUCAACAGUAGGAACUCCUACAAAAGCACGUGUCAAUUCAUCGUCACCUUCCACACCAGGUAUUUACUCUCCUGCUGCUGCUAGGACUGGGUUUGGCAAAACUAACUUAUCUAUGAGCAACCAGGGAGAUAUUACUGCAAGGAACCUUUUAGGUCGUCAGCCCACUGAUAAAGCAGGAGGACCACCUGUCCAGGGUCUUUUUGAUACUUUAGCCACUUCUCAGUCACAGACAUCUGGCAUAUCUAGGGUUCCUUGCACUUCUUUAUUCAGUUCUCCUUCUCCAGAAGGUCAAAUACAAAAUACCAGAGUACUGACACCUACUAAGUGCAUGAAUCAAGGUCAAGCCAGCAAGCUUUUAACAUCACCAGCACAGAUAGAUCCAUUUUAUACCCAAGGUGACUCCUUGUCUCCUGAUGAAGAACUUGAUGGGACGUGGGUAACAGUUUUUGGAUACCCUUCUGCUUCAGCUUCAUAUAUUCUACAACAGUUUUCACUCUAUGGUACCGUUGUUGAACAUCAGGUCUCAGCUUGUGGCAAUUGGAUGCACAUUCACUUCCAGUCAAAACUUCAAGCUAAGAAAGCUCUCAGUAAAAAUGGCAAAGUUUUUGGGGGAAGUAUCAUGGUUGGUGUUAAGCCUUGUAUAGAAAAAAAACUGAUGGAUGCAUCUACAAAAGAAAAUUCUAUGCUAGAAAUGAGCACGUCUUCCUUCCAAAGGAAUGAGACACUAAACAGAAGUAGUCGAAUAGCAAACAUCAGGCCUCUCACUCAGGCUUACAAAACAGCGAUUAGUGAUUAUGAGGUAGUGUCCCAGAGUCAAACACCACAGAAGACAAACAACUUUAUAUCAAAAGCUAUGGAAUAUGUUUUUGGAUGGUGACCUGAUAAAUGCUUAGUCCAAUUUUGAACUUAUGGGGUUUUUAUUGUCUAUGUUAGGGAAAUAAUAAGUUUUUCAAGUACUGUUCUUGACAAGCAGGUGGUGAAAUGGAGAGCUAGAGUUAGUGAAACUGUAAAUAACAGACUACAAUUCAUGUUCUUUAUAACCACAUGUACUUUUUUAGCAAAAUAAAACUUUUUGGGGUGCUGGUGCUGUGUAAUAAUGCCUUUGAACUGUAAUUGUGUAAAAUAAUUGUUAAAAAAAAUCAAACAUUGUUUGUUAACUUCUCUGUGACAAUCAUCUAGUACAAUUUGAAUAUUCAUAUCAUAUGUAUAUAUUAUAUAGACCACAUUGUUGUACCCUUGACCUAUGAUAGAUCUUUCAGUGAUAAUGUACUCCAAAAGGAAUCUUGUUAUGCUUAUUCUUAUUACAAAAUCCUUACAAUGAUUCUUUUCUAUAUUGAUUUGCACCUAAAAUGGAAAUAAAGAAUUUUUUAUCAGAUUA